GUUGCCGUAGGAAAGAGCAGCAGCAAUAGCAGUAAAAGCAAAAGUAGCAGCAUUAGUGGCAGCCGCAGCAUUCCGGACGCGAUUCAGCAUUAUUUCACGGCAUUCCGGACGCGAGCAAGUGCGGCAGCAAAGUAAAAACGCCACCAGCCCAACGCCUCGGCGCCCCGCAGCAUAAUGACGCUGCCUAGCAGUUCCCGGGUGUACGCGGAUGUGAAUUCGCACAAACCACGUGAAUAUUGGGACUACGAAAACUACAUCGUCGACUGGGCGAACCAGGAUGACUACCAGCUCGUGCGGAAGCUCGGCCGGGGCAAGUAUAGCGAGGUUUUCGAGGCGAUCAAAAUGACGAGCAGCGAGAAGUGUGUGGUGAAAAUUCUGAAGCCGGUCAAGAAGAAAAAGAUCAAACGCGAGAUCAAGAUCCUGGAGAACCUCCGGGGCGGCACCAACAUCAUCACGCUGCUGGCGGUGGUGAAGGAUCCGGUUUCGCGCACCCCGGCCCUCAUCUUCGAGCAUGUGAACAACACCGACUUCAAGCAGCUGUACCAAACGCUUACCGACUACGACAUUCGGUACUAUCUGUACGAGCUGCUGAAGGCCCUCGACUACUGCCACAGCAUGGGCAUCAUGCACCGCGACGUGAAGCCGCACAACGUCAUGAUCGAUCACGAGAACCGCAAGCUGCGCCUGAUCGACUGGGGGCUGGCCGAGUUCUACCACCCGGGCCAGGAGUACAAUGUGCGCGUGGCGAGCCGCUACUUCAAGGGGCCGGAACUGCUGGUGGACUACCAGAUGUACGACUACUCGCUCGACAUGUGGUCCCUCGGGUGCAUGCUCGCGUCGAUGAUCUUCCGCAAGGAGCCGUUCUUCCACGGUCACGACAACUACGACCAGCUGGUGCGCAUCGCGAAGGUGCUCGGUACCGAGGACCUGUUCGCCUAUCUCGACAAAUACAACAUUGAGCUGGACCCGCGCUUCAACGACAUUCUGUCGCGCCACUCGCGCAAACGAUGGGAGCGCUUCGUACACUCGGAAAACCAGCACCUGGUGUCGCCGGAGGGGCUGGACUUCCUCGACAAGCUGCUGCGCUACGAUCACUUCGAGCGGCUGACCGCGCGGGAAGCGAUGGAGCAUCCCUACUUCGCCAUCAUCGUCAACGGCCAGAUGCCGCCCCCGGCGACCUCGUCCACCAAGGGCAACAACUAAGGGGGCGGCCACCACCUUCGCCACCUGCAGCACCCAUCGCCAGCCUCCGUCUCCCGUGCGAACGCUCGUGCGCAGUUCGAGCCGUUCCGCUUCCGUUCCGCCUCCCCGAACCUUGCCCUCCGCCCUCGGUCCUACCUUCUAUUCCGGGGUCUUGUGCCGACCGUUACACGUCUCUGCGCCACCACCACGCCACAUCCCGUGGGUCGAACGGUGGCCACCAUGCUCGGGUUCGUCAUCGGCGGAGCAGCGCACGGAGUGGGCUGGACGAGCGUUCGUUACGCGCGGGGAAAGGAAUUCAUAUGGGGGAGGACCGAUGAUCGGCAGUAGCACUGCUGGCCGCCGCCGCAGCAGCAGCAGCCAGGGGGAGUAAGUAGCGCUUCGAUUGGUGCCUCUGCUUUUUGUUGUUUUUUGAUCGUUUUGGGUGGCAAACGAGACGAGUGGCCGCAGCAGUGUUUGGUGUGGAAGGUUGUUUUCGGUGGUAACAUGGAGGACGACAGUGGAGAGCGUAAAGUACGUAUAACCAGGCUUGAAUCGACUAGAUUAGAAUAGGGUCUCAAAUUCAGGAGCGAAAACAUCAGACUAGUAAACCGCGAGGAGAGCGCGCAAAAGAGCGCGAGAGAACGGAAGAAGAACAAAAUAAUAACAAUAACAACACCUUCCUGUUCCUGUUCCUGUUCCUCUUUUCUAUCCUUCUUUUCAACCACCCCCCCCGAAUCCCCGUCACGUUUCACAUCCAACAGCGUAAAGAGCAACAAAAAAAAAGCAUAAAAAUGGGAGAAAAUUGAACGAAAUAUGGAGCAGUGUUAUUUGUAGAAAUAGUGGAUGGUUUAGUAGACUCUUCAACCGCAGGGCCGGCCACACUAACGUGCGCUAGUGAACUUGUUUAAUUUGCCAGGACAACCGUUUCCGUUACCGUUCCUUAGCCUCUAGCAAAACCACCCAAAACGGCCAGUUGGCACCGUCGCCUGGUGUCGGUUUGGUUCUGUUUUCUACAUUCGUUUUCAUGCGCGCCUCGUAACGUAGCUUCCGGCUAUGGUAGUGUUUGCGUGGCUUCAUUUUUUUCUGAUAUCUAUUUUGCGACUACCGUUAUCGUCUACCUUUUGCCAUGGCAGGGGAUUUAGCAGUUUUAUUUCUUCCGAGACAGUGCAAAAUACUGUACCGCCGAGAAGCUAGUAGAAUUACCAUCCCGCGGACAUUUACACAGCGUUAGUAGUUCAUUACUUCAUCAGUUCCGGCGUUUCCGGCUCCCGAUAUCAUUCGCGUGCACUGUUAUUUCCUCCGCGCUCGCCUCACCUUUUACGUUCUUUUCCUUGCGGAAGCUAAGUUUAUAACAUUUUUUUCUCUGUCUUUUGUAAUUAAAGAACGAAAUCCAUUAAUAAAAACAAACACAACAUACCCCCAAAAAACCAGUCCGAGUAUGCGCUGCGCUAGAGGAGCACGAGGCAGGGACUAUGUUUGGGCCUUCCCCGCCAUUAGUUAUCCCCUCUUUACAAUCCUGCAAUAUCCCGAUGGUUUGUAUCUGUAUCAACUGGGUUCCAUUGUUUUACUUGUGCCGUUUCCGAUCGACCUACAAUAUAGAUCCCGAUCAUCGA